UUAUCAUGAAUUUUCUCUUUUGAAUCAUGUCAUAACGUUAAAUGAAUGUUAUUUAGUAAUAUAUCUUUGUUACGUGUUCAUUCUUGUAAUUAGAGCGUUAUUUCUAAUCUAAAAUGAAUAAAUUAUACUCAUCGAAAUGUUCAAGAUAGUCUGAAUGGAAGUCAAAUCAAUUAGCAUUUAUCUAACUUCUCUUUCAUGCCGCUUUGGACACUAAAGUGCAGCAAAAAUUAUCAAAAAGGUCGUGUAAUCUAAAUGCCCGUGAGAGGGACGGCGAGAGUGUCUGACAAUUCAUGAUAAAUCGAAGGAGGAGAAAUCAAGGUGCAAAAAGACAAAAUAGAAAAGACUUGACCAAUUAUUUGAAAAUUGCUCAUUUUGAUUUUUUAGUUUUUUUGUGUACUAACAGAGAUACGGUAGAUGAAGUAAAGCGUGAAGGAUAAAUACAAUACAAAUGAUAUGAAGUAAUGCCAUAAACCACAAGGAAAUGGUGUCUAGAAAAUUUAUUGUUUGUUAACGAAUGUCUAAUACUAAGUUUGCCAAAUAUGCAGAAAUUUAGCAUACAUUAUAACAUUACAAAUAAUCUUUCAACCUUACUUUCUUCUGUCAAAAUCUUUUUGUGCUUGGUUUUUUACACUUUUUAUAAAGUGUGGCAGACAUGAAUGAACAAUAGUUUUAUAAAACAUUCGUUUGUUGACAACCAGGGCCGGUGACACCAGUGUCUUCCUAGCAUCAGAAAUCAGAAGCAGUAACAACGGAGUAGAGCCAAGAGAAAAUGGGACUACAAUGAUGACGUUAUAAAUGAACUCGUUAGGAGAUCAUUUGUGUUGACUGAAGCUUCAAACCUCCACAUGUAAAACAGACCAAUCUAAGUGAUGUUUUGCACAUAUCUUGGAAGUCGUAGUUUCGGCUGAAUUUGUAUUUAGUGUUUAUUUUGUAUUUUUAGAUACAAAAUAUUUAGUAUGUAAAACGAUAAAGACGAUGUAUACGACUAUACAUCGUCAUAUAAAUGGUAGUUGUGUUUUUAUGUACUCUCUACAUCAUUAGUCAACGACCAAAAUAAUCAACAGAGAUUUAGAAUGUAGAAAGAGUAUGAAAGAGAACCGAGUGCGAAUUAUUAAAUUUUUACACCGUUUAGAGAACGCCACUGAAGAGAGAACGGUUUUUGAAUUUUUUUGUAGAAGACUGAAAAGAGAACGGUUGUGAGAGAUAUUUUUUCGCUGUAUAUGUGCAGUUUUCUAAAGUAGAAUUUUUCAUACGCACGCUUCUUCAUAUUUAAGGCGCGCGUAAUUCAAAAAUCAAGUACUAUUUUAUUUUUAGCUUUUUUAUAUAUGAUUCGAUAGAGAAUUUGAAGCUGAUCACAAAUAUUGCCUUUUUAGCCUUCCCAGUGCACGUUUGCGCUUCGAAAAUUUGAAAAUAGGAGAAGAGUCAUAAAAUCCGAAAAACUUUCCCGUUUCGAAAAAAGUGGAAUACUUUUUCUUCCUUUUAUUUUGAAACUCUCAAACAGCAUUUUUCUAAUUCAGCGUUGAAAAUUGAAUUGCGAAAUGUGUUUUUGAUGCUUUUGCGCAAACAAUCGAAACAAGAAGAAGAAAAUAAUAAUAUUAGCGACACUUCACAUCAUCGAUACAGAAGGUUUAAGAGUACUACAAUAUAAAGAUAGUGAAGAUACCGUACAGAAAGACAAUCGAUUGGCCUCAUUUGCUGCCUUGCUAGUCGAUGCAACUAUUGUGCUUGUUAAUGGAGAACAGGAUGAAGCAGUAAAAGAUGUUUUACCCAUUGUUAUGUUAGCUUAUCAGCGAUCAAAAUUAGCCGAAACAUUUGGUGAACAGUUAGCAUCAAUGAUGUUUUUGGUUUAUCGUAGCAUAGACGUUAAUCAAGCUGAUCGUAAUUUGAAAUCAAAUAUUCAUGCAUUAAUUGAAAGUCUUGGAAAUUCAUUUCGAUCAUUACAAAAUUAUGGCAAUGAUGAGAUCGAUAAUACGGAAACAGCAAAUUAUAGCUGUUCAUGUAUAACAUCAUUUGGUGAUUUUAGCAGCGAUGUAGGAGACAUUCUAGGUGAAGCGACGGAAGGUGCACCAUCAGAAGAUACGCCAAACACUGCAUAUAGGUUACCCGUUAUGAAACUACCAGAAUAUAUUCAUAAACGUGUUACAACAUCGUCAUCAGGUGUAUCGGGAUUGACAUGGAAAGCAUGA